CCCACCGCCAGGGGGCGGCACGGCAGGCCCAUCUUGCCGCCGCCGUGGUCUCGUCGGCCGGAAGUGUGCGGCGGGGCCUGCGGCCGUGGAUGGAAGUCGGGGCCCGGACCAUGAGCCCGGAGCGAGUGUUACCCGAGCCCGAGGCCGAGGCCGAGGGGCAGGGCCCGGCCGCCUGGAGCAGCGAGGAGGAGGAGGAGGAGGAACCGCUCCCCGAGGCGGAGGCGGAGGCGGCCGCCGGGUACCGGUACCUGCCGCUGGAGCAGGAGCCCGGGGCCGCCCCCGGACACCCCGAGCCCGACAUCGGGGAGCGGCUGCAGGAAUUGCGUCUUUACUUGCCUGAGGCACCAGUCGACAGUGAGGAGGAGGAGGCGGCUUCAGAACACGGCAGCCAGCAGUCUAUCCCGAUGGAUCCGGAGCACGUGGAGUUGGUGAAGAGGACCAUGGCUGCAAUCAAGUUUCCCAGCCUAGGGGUUCCAGCCUGGGCCCAAGAAAUCUCCGAUGAGCAGUGGCAGUCUGUUGUCCGACAGACGAUUGAAAGUAGGCGGUCAGUGGUGGCAGCCAAGGAGUAACCCCGUCUCCAAUCAGUGCCCCCUUCUCCACCCCUACAUCUUCAUCGCAGGGAAACGGACCGUUCUGGGGGAGUUAGGGAGCUUCCAGUUUGAGGUAGAGGCUGGGAGGAGCCCUCGUAUCCACAGUGUUUCCCAGCCCAGCUGGUGGAAUGGUAGCGGCUUUUGGGACCCAGGGAGCUUCGUGAUGCUGGAAGGCUGAAUCUGCUCCUGGGGAGGUUCUGAGAUACAGAAGUUGAUGUUGCCUCAGGCUCCACCCUUCCAAGGGUAUGGAAUCCAAUUUCAUCAACCCUCUGCCCCUGUGGGACAUGGAGGGCUCCUGAUGAGGGUUUCUCCCCUCCCACCCAAUACAUGCUCCUUUCAUGGUUAAAGAACAGCCACAAACCUCUCCUUUAAGAGACCCAGUUUAUUUUUCUUCUGUACAUAGAUGAACAUCUGUACAAAAUGACAUUUCGAUACUAUGUAAUGCUCUACCUAAAAUAAAGUACAACAUAUGUACAAA